GCCGCCGUGAGACGGUGAGAGAGAGAGAGAGAGAAGAAAUGAGCGGCGGAGGAAACAACGUGGUGAACAAAGUGUUCUACGCGAAGUCGUAUCAUCCGAUUCAAGCCGGAAGUAUCGACGGAACCGAUGUUGCUCCACAUGAUAACGGCGUCCGUCGAGCUCUCCUCUGUUAUAACGCCGGCUUAUAUGAUCCUUCUGGUGAUUCGAAAGCUGUUGGAGAUCCUUACUCUACUCUCUUCGUGGGUCGCCUCUCUCAUCAUACUACGGAGGAUACUCUUCGUGAGGCUAUGAGUAAGUAUGGCAGGAUUAAGAACUUGCGUUUGGUCAGGCACAUUGUGACGGGAUCUUCACGAGGAUAUGGUUUUGUGGAAUUCGAGACCGAAAAGGAUAUGCUCCGUGCUUAUGAGGAUGCUCAUCAUUCACUAAUAGAUGGUCGAGAGAUUAUUGUUGAUUACAAUCGGCAGCAACUGAUGCCUGGAUGGAUACCAAGAAGACUAGGAGGUGGGCUUGGUGGUAGGAAAGAAUCUGGACAACUUCGUUUUGGAGGACGAGAAAGACCUUUCCGUGCUCCCUUGCGACCAAUCCCUCAUGAAGAUUUGAAAAAACUCGGCAUUCAGCUUCCACCUGAGGGAAGAUAUAUGUCGCGCACACAGGUCCCAUCACCUCCGAGGAGAAAAGGAAGUGUGUCGGAUAGAGAGGAAGGAUAUUAUCGGGAAAAGAGUUCUGUAGAAAGGGAAGAAGAGUUUAAAGAGCGAAGCAGUCGUAGGUCUCAUCACAGUCAGAGGUCGAGCUCACACACACAGAGUUCUCGUAGAAGACGCAGCAAAGACAGAGAGGAGCAUUCUUCUAGGACAGAGUCCCGUUCCGAUAUAAAAGAAAGACCACGAGGUAUGGAAGAUAGAUAUGGUGACAACAAGGGUGAAGUAUCUGGCAGGAAAAGAUCGAAACGCACAGAAGAAGAGCGUUCUCACAAACGUCAUAAAGACAUGUAUUCCCAUCAUCAUAGGAGGUCCUCUAGUCGAGAUCAUUAUUCCUCUGACUGAAUCUUUGUAGGUUCCGAGAGAUAGUUACUGUAUAAGCUA